AUGGCCACCGGGUACUGCAUCACUCGCUUCAUCGCCGAGCCCAUCCUCCUGCAGGGGCCCUCGAUGGAGCCCACCAUUCAACACAAUGACGUGAUCAUCGCUGAGAAGUACACGGCCACCUUCAAGAAGAACGAGUACAAGCGCGGCGACAUCGUCGUCGUCCGCUCGCCCCUCAACCCGCACACCUUCAUCUGCAAGCGCAUCGUCGGCCUCUCCGGCGACUCGGUUCGCGUCAACUACUUCCCCAAGACGGUGCCCCGGGGCCACGUCUGGCUUCAGGGGGACAACAAGGCGAACAGCACCGACUCGCGGGAGUUUGGCGCCCUGCCGAUGGGCCUCAUCAUCGGCCGGGUGGUGUACCGCGUCUGGCCGACGCAUCGCAUGCUCAAGUUCACCCGAGACGAGGAGAAGUGGUCGUCUUCCGGUCCGGGAAAAUCGGCGUCGGUGACAACGGCAACGAGGUAA